UAUGCACAGUGGUCAGGUGACCGAGAGAGUGUGCGUGUAUGAAAGAAAGAGUGGGAGUUCGAAGGGUGACGGUGUGCUGUUCGAGUUAUUGACCUUAGUGGCUUCUAGAAAUAUUACAUUGGGGACGAGGAUGGUCCAAAUAUGAGUGAGAAGCACUUACCACCGUUGGAUUUAACCGGACCGGCUUCCCAAGUCGCGGACAGGUGGCGUAAAUGGAAGCGCGCGUUGGAAUAUUACGCCGAAGGAAAGGGCAUGGACAAUGCUCGUAACAAGACGUCUCAACUUUUGCAUUUCGCCGGUAUGAAAGUGCAAGACAUAUUCGAAGACUUACAAGAUCCUGGUCCUAUCCCAGCGGAGGGUGAUAACGCUUAUAAGGUCGCUAUUCGCAAGCUGGAUUUCUACUUUCGCGUCGAAGAGAAUAUUUCUUACGAGCGCCAUGUUUUUCGUCAGCUGUCGCUGCAGGAGGGGGAGACCGCUGACCAGUUUAUGGUACGCCUAAGAAAACAAGCAAGGCAUUGCAAUUUCGGAACGAGUCUGAACGACAACUUGAAGGAUCAGCUGAUUGAGAAGUUAACGGAUUUUGAGCUGAAGAGGAAAUUGUUGGAACAUAGGAAUAUUACACUGGAAGAAGCCUUAGAUAAAGCUCGUGCUUGGGAAGCGACUGGGAGACAAGCAACAAACAUGACUGUGAACGCAGUGGUAAUUGAAGGAGACAGCGUCAAUGCAAUCAGGACGAGACAAGGAAAAAAGAGAUGAUAAGCCCAGAAAAGUGCUACAAUUGUGGAAGAGAGGGGCAUCUGGCCAUUGAUAGGAGUUGUCCAGCGAAAGGAAAGAGAUGUGCAAAAUGUGGGAGGUAUGGUCAUUUUGCUCUGUGUUGUAAGGCACAGAGUGGUAAUUAUGCAACUGGACGUAAACCGGAUCAGCGAAGGAGGGAUUCUGAUAGACGUAAGUCUUACAAUGCUAAUUUCGUGGGCGAUCAGAACGCAUCUGACAGCGAGGAGAACUGUGCUUUUGCAUUUGCAGUUACGGAGAAUCAAGGAGAAACAUGCAAUGCAACCCGUCUUAAAGAACCAGUGCUGGAA